AUGUCUCCAGACGAACUCCGCACUCCUGUGUUUAAUUACUCGCGUUUGUUCCAACGGGCUUCUAUAGCAGAGACUAUCUUCACGGUGUUCAAAGUAGCAUCAGAGAAGGCUCAAAACCGUAUUCCCGUUCGUUUCGAGGCUGAGUGGGUUGAGUGCGACAACAUCAAAGAUAUUCACCCCAGCCGCGGCAAUCGACGUGGGUCCCCCCAGGAAAUCGCCAUGUACUGCACACAGCCCGGUGCACAACACAGCCAUUGGGCGCCUGGCGUGUUCACAAGAAUGGCUGUUGCUUCACUCACCUCACUUGCAUUACAAUGGGGGACAGUCGGAGCAGCAGCAGCCCAAGCUGCACUGUUGAAGGCUACCUGGAUCGAUGCUCUUGUCCUGGCGUGUACUUCAGCGUCAAUUUCCUUGGUCUUGUGA